AUGGAGGAAUUCUGGCCAUUUUACUUGAAACAACACUCAAAACCAGCGACAAAAAGAUGGCAUUUCAUGGCUACGCUUUCUUGCAUUCUGUGCUUGCUUUAUGCAGUUGCGUUCAACGGGUGGUUCGUGUUCCUCAUGCCUGUGCUUGCUUAUAGUAUGGCUUGGUAUAGCCACUUUUUUGUGGAAGGAAACGUUCCUUUGACUUUUGGUAAUCCGGUUUGGGCCUUGAGGGGCGAUUUAAAGAUGUUUGGGUUGAUGCUCACCGGUCAGAUGGAUAAAGAGCUCAAAAGGGUUGCUAAAAAACAUGGCAAGCAAGUCAACUGA